AUGAGUCUCUUGGAGCUCUGCAGGGGAGGUGCUCUGAUACCUCUUCGGGAACUCCUGCAAGACCGCAAACCCACUUUGAUUGAACGCUUCCGAUACCACCAGCUGACCCACUUUCAUGAUCCGGUGGCCCGUCAACUACAACUUACAAGACCAUUGCUCCCAUUCAAGGACAUAUGCUCGAAAGGAGAGGACCUUCAUCGCAAUAUAUCACUCCUGUAUGCACUCCUGCAGCUAGCAGAAAUUACCCCCCCAAUGAAGUUCCAAUCACUGUGGGAAGAGGCAUUACAUACCUUAUUCACUCCUCAGGAAUGGGAUGAGAAGGCCAUGUACACAGUCCUCAGCUCUAGAUGUGCCAGAUAUCAGGAAAUUAACUAUAAAAUACUCACCCAGUGGUAUGACACACCACAGAAGAUCCAUAAUUAUUUACUUAAAACAUCAG